CCAGAUGUACGGUACAGUACGGUGAAUAGGUUUUAGAUAAAAAUUUAGUUGUUGACAAACAAACCGUCAUUUCUUUUAUUUGUCAGUAUGAUUUCAUCUGACAGUACUGACGCUGAAAAGAUGGAAGAACAUACAAGAGUAGCACUGGGACUAAAAGCAGAGAACGAACGACCAGUUCCAUUAAAAUCAAUUAAGGUGAAUGUACACAUAAUUGGUUAUGUUGCUGAAGUUUCGUCAAGACUGACAUAUUUCAAUGCAGAGGAAACACCAGUUGAGGCAGUGUUUACAUUCCCAGUCGAUGAUGGAAGUGCAGUUUUCCAGUUUGAAGCUGAUAUUGAUGGACGUCACAUAGUGGCUGAAAUUCAAGAGAAAGAGCAGGCAAAACUAACAUAUCAAGAUGCAGUUGAUCACGGGAAAACAGCCAUGUUGUUAAAGGAAGACAACUCUGCUGGAGAUAUCUUCAGUUGCAUGCUGGGAAAUCUUCCUCCUCAGAGUGAGGCUUCACUUGUGAUGAAAUAUGUGAUUGAACUGCCACAGGAGGCAGAUGGUCAACUGAGGUUUACACUUCCCACUGUACUUAAUCCAAGAUACUCACCAGAUGUUGGUGGACUGACAGCUGCCGAGGGCGCCACCUAUGUCCCACCAUCCAAAGUUCCAUAUGAAUUUAGUAUGACCGCCACAGUGGAGGGAUACCAUAAAGUUACCUCUGUGACGUCAGAUAGAGUGAAGCUUGAUGUAAAGUAUGAAGAUAAUAAUAAGGUAGCAAAGGUGAGCAUAGGUGACGAUUUUAAAUUUGACCUCGACAUUCAAUUCCUUGUACAGUAUGAAGUUCCCUAUGCACCACAGGUUGUACUAGAAGAUGGCAAUACUGAAGCUGAGGGAUUAUUGAAAGAGGAUAUAUUGAUGGUCAGUUUCCAUCCAGAUUUGAAAGAGGUUGCAAUGGCAACCAAUGGAGAAUAUAUCUUUGUCAUUGAUAGAUCAGGCAGCAUGAUGGGAGACCAGAUAGAGAAUGCUAAAGAGGCCCUUCUUCUGUUUCUGAAGAGUUUACCACCAGACUGUUACUUUAACAUCAUCAGUUUUGGUUCAAGUUUCAGUUCCCUCUUCUCAGGAAGCAGCAAGAAAUAUGCAGAGGAUAGUUUAAAUGAAGCCAUCAAGUUACAGGAGAAAAUGUCGGCAGACAUGGGUGGAACAGAGAUUCUAAAACCUUUAGAAAGUGUGUUCAAAAAGAAACUGUUACCAGAGCAUCCAAGAAGGGUGUUUGUACUAACAGAUGGUGGUGUAAGCAACACAGAUAAAGUGAUUGGAUUGGUCAGAAAACAGUCGCAGAACACAAGUACAAGGGUUUUCACACUUGGUAUUGGUCACGGUGUUUCCACUGCUCUAGUGAAAGGUAUGGCAAAUAAUGGUGGAGGCAAGGCAGAAUUUAUUGCUGGCCAGGAUCGUAUACAGCCAAAGGUCAUAUCAUUACUGAAGUGUGCAAUGCAGCCAGCUAUAACAGAUAUUACCAUCAGCUGGGAUCUACCCCCUGAUGUGACCCCUGUUUCCAUUCCUACGGAACCUCCAACAAUAAUAUCUGCUGGUGAAAGAAUGGCUUUGUAUGCUAUCUUGCAGGGAGUUGAUAAACAUACUGUCUAUGCACCGAGUACAGUGACCUUGAAAGGUCAGCAGGAUAGAAAACCUGUAUCAUACAGUAUGACCUUCACCAUAUGUGAAACAGAUGAUAUAAGUACAUCUGCACCAGUUCAUCGCUUAGCAACCAAAGUCCAGAUUAAGCUUCUUCAAGACCAGGAGUCUGCAUCUUUAGCUUUAGAUGAUGACUAUAGGUUCCAGGAGGAAUGUGAAAAUAUCCAGACACUGCGGGAAAAAAUCAUUAAUAUUAGUUGUCAGGGCAACAUUAUAUCAAAAUACACAUCAUUUGUUGCCAUAGAUACGGAGGGAAAGAGAGUUGAGGGUAAAUCUGUCCAGCGAUCUUGUCCAGUGCCUACUUUGUCAAAAGAUUAUAAAAAGGGUAUUGAUGAGUGCAGCUUGAAAAUGUGUGGCUUGUUUGAGAGUGACCUGGUACAGUACAAUUUGGUGUCAUGUGGUUUGGAUGCAGUAGAUUCUGCAGCAAUGCAUCUUACAAGUAGCAAGAGAAAAAAGAAAAAGGGUGGUAUUCUUGGCUGUGGUCCAUCACUUUCUGCAUUGUUUUCAAAGAAGUCUAGAAAAAGGAAAAGUUCAGCACCAAAAUUAAAACCAAAGUCAGUUGAUGCUGAAGAUUGUGCAGAUGGUGCUGUCCUGAAUCCUGAGAUAUUGGAUGAAGCUGAUGCAGUUGACAGUGCAGAUGUUAAUAAGUCAGUUGAAGACGGAGGUAGUGAUCUUGUAAAAGACAGUGCUGUUGAUAGUACAGAUGUGAAGAUGUCAGUUGAAGACAGUGGUAGUGAUCGUGUAAAAGACGAUGCUGUUGAUAGUGUGGAUGUUAAGGUGUCAGUUGAAGACAGCAGCAGUGAUCGUUUAAAAGAUGAUGCAAAAAGUUCAAUAAGAAAAAGAAGUACUAGCAGUCAAGGAAGUGCUUCUGGUUCAAGUAAACAGAAAGAUGAUCAGAUGAUGGCAGUUAUAUCUCUACAACAGUUACGAGGACAGUGGAAUGUGUCAGAUAAAUUACUACAAUUGCUGGGUAUUGCAAAAGAAGACAUAGAGAAGUUAGACUUUACAAAGGACCAGAGUGUUGUAUGUACAGUGAUUGUACUGUGCUGGUUAAGGAAACAGUUUUCACACAGACAAGAGGAAUGGCAGAUGAUAGAAACUAAAGCCUUGGCUUGGAUCUCGUCACAGAACCUUAACACACCAACAGAGGACCUGAUUAAACAGACAACACAGGCUUUCUGGCCGAAAUGAAGUUAUGUUGAAAGAAAACCACAAAUUUGACACUUAUUACCAGCAGUAAUACUUUUAAAGUGGUACUAUUCAAAAUUUAUGUCAUUUUCAUAAGUAUGAAGAACAUACUUUCAUUCCUGUAGUUUUAAAAAACAGAAAAAUGCUUAGGCAUGUGCUACAGUUACAGGUAGUGGCUUUUCAUCAAACAUUAUUAUAGGGUGUAAUAUAUGUACAAAUGCUGUCAACAGAAUUUGUUAUAAUACCUAUAAAAAUUUGAUUUCAAAUAGAACUAAGCUGAACAUAGUAGCAUAGUCUUAAAAUAUCAAGUUUGGUAAUUAUGUCUCCCACCACACAGUGGUGUGGGAGACAUAUUGAUUUACUCCAGUCUGUGUGUGUCUGUGUGUCUGUCUGUCACAAAGCUUGUCCGCUCUCUAAGUCGAACAUUUCUCAUCCGAUUUUCACCAAACUUGAACAAAAUGUGUUUGACCAUGAGAUCUCGGCCAAGUUCGAUAACUAGCCAAAUCGCUUCAGGCCCUUUGGAGUUGUGGCCCUUGAAUUACCAAAAAUCUGCCUUUUUACUCUUGUCCGCGCUCUAAUUCAAACAUUUCUCAUCCAAUCCUCACCAAACUUAAACAAAAUGUGUUUGACCAUAAGACCUCGGCCAAGUUUGAUAACUAGCCAAAUCGGUCCAGGCAUUUUGGAGUUAGGGCCCUUGAAUUAUCGAAAAAUCUGCCUUUUUACUCUUAUCCGCACCCCAAGUCGAACAUUUCUCAUCCGAUCUUCACCAAACUUGAGCAAAAUGUGUUUGACCAUGAGACCUUGGCAAAGUUCGAUCACUAGCGAAAUCGGUUUAGGCAUUUUGGAGUUACGGCCCUUGAAUUACUGAAAAAUCUGCCUUUUUACUCUUGUCCGCUCUCUAAGUCGAACAUUUCUCAUCCUAUCUUCACCAAACUUGAAAAAAAUGUUUGGCCAUAAGACCUUAGCCAAGUUCGAUAACUAGCCAAAUCCGCCCAGGCUUUUUUGAUUUAUGGCCCUUGAAUUACUGAUUGGUUCCACUCGUCCAGACCAUCUAAUUGGAUCCACUCAUCUAAGCCAUCUAGAGACACUAAACGUUUUUCAUAGGGGCAGUUGUGGGAGACAUGCGCUUUUCUCAAAAGCAUCUCUAGUAUUGAUUUAUGACUUUGGGUAUUUUAUGGAUGUGUGUAUGUCUUAAAUUUUUUCAUGUAGUGCCAAGCCUCUUGAGGAUUACAGUGAAAUGUUUAUCUGGAGUGGUGCCACAUUAAGAUUUUUAUGAAAUAUUCAUCUAAAGGUCUGUCCCUUUAAAAUAACAAUAAAAUGUUCAUCUGGAGGUCUAUCACUUUAAAAUGACAAAACAAAACAAUAUUCACACACAGGGGUUGCUCCAUUAAAACAACAAUAAAGGAUUCAUCCUUUAAAAGAACAAUGGAGUAUUCAUCUGAAGGGGUGCUCCUUUUUUUAUUAAUGGAGUAUUCAUCCAGAGGGGUGCUCCUAUUUUGAUUAAUGGAAUAUUCAUCCAGAGGGGUGCUCCUUUUUUGAACGAUGGAAUAUUCAUCCGAAGGGGUGCUCCUUUUUUGAACAAUGGAAUAUUCAUCUGGAGGGAUGCUCCUUUUUUGAAUAAUGGAAUAUUCAUCCAGAGGGGUGCUUCUUUUUAGCUCACCUGUCACAAAGUGACAAGGUGAGCUUUUGUGAUCGCGCGGCGUCCGUCGUCCGUCCCUCCGUCCGUGUGUGCGUGCGUGCGUGCGUCCGUAAACUUUUGCUUGUGACCACUCUAGAGGUCACAUUUUUCAUGGGAUCUUUAUGAAAGUUGGUCAGAAUGUUCACCUUGAUGAUAUCUAGGUCAAGUUCGAAACUGGGUCACGUGCCAUCAAAAACUAGGUCAGUAGGUCUAAAAAUAGAAAAACCUUGUGACCUCUCUAGAGGCCAUAUAUUUCAAAAGAUCUUCAUGAAAAUUGGUCAGAAUGUUCACCUUGAUGAUAUCUAGGUCAAGUUCGAAACUGGGUCACGUGGGGUCAAAAACUAGGUCAGUAGGUCUAAAAAUAGAAAAACCUUGUGACCUCUCUAGAGGCCAUAUUUUUCAUGAGAUCUUCAUGAAUAUUGGUCAGAAUGUUCACCUUGAUGAUAUCUAGGUCAAGUUCGAAACUGGGUCACCUGGGGUCAAAAACUAGGUCAUUAAGUCUAAAAAUAGAAAAACCUUUUGACCUCUCUAGAGGCCAUAUUUCUCAAUGGAUCUUCAUGAAAAUUGGUCAGAAUGUUCACCUUGAUGAUAUCUAGGUCAAGUUCGAAACUGGGUCACAUGGGGGUAAAAACUAGGUCAGUAGAUCUAAAAAUAGAAAAACCUUGUGACCUCUCUAGAGGCCAUAUUUUUCAUGAGAUCUUCAUGAAUAUUGGUCAGAAUGUUCACCUUGAUGAUAUCUAGGUCAAGAACAAUACUGGGUCAUGUUGGAUCAAAAACUAGGUCAGUAGGUCUAAAAAUAGAAAAACCUUUUGACCUCUCUAGAGGCCAUAUUUCUCAAUGGAUCUUCAUGAAAAUUGGUCAGAAUGUUCACCUUGAUGAUAUCUAGGUCAAGUCGAAACUGUGUCACGUGCCAUCAAAAACUAGGUCAGUAGGUCUAAAAAUAGAAAAACCUUGUGACCUCUCUAGAGGCCAUAUAUUUCACAAGAUCUUCAUGAAAAUUGGUCAGAAUGUUCACCUUGAUGAUAUCUAGGUCAAGUUCGAAACUGGGUCACGUGGGGUAAAAAACUAGGUCAGUAGGUCUAAAAAUAGAAAAACCUUGUGACCUCUCUAGAGGCCAUAUUUUUCAUGAGAUCUUCAUGAAUAUUGGUCAAAAUGUUCACCUUGAUGAUAUCUAGGUCAAGUUCGAAACUGGGUCACGUGGGGUCAAAAACUAGGUCAUUAAGUCUAAAAAUAGAAAAACCUUUUGACCUCUCUAGAGGCCAUAUUUCUCAAUGGAUCUUCAUGAAAAUUGGUCAGAAUGUUCACCUUGAUGAUAUCUAGGUCAAGUUCGAAACUGGGUCACAUGGGGGUAAAGACUAGGUCAGUAGAUCUAAAAAUAGAAAAACCUUGUGACCUCUCUAGAGGCCAUAUUUUUCAUGAGAUCUUCAUGAAUAUUGGUCAGAAUGUUCACCUUGAUGAUAUCUAGGUCAGGAAUGAUACUGGGUUACGUGCCAUCAAAAACUAGGUCAGUAGGUCUAAAAAUAGAAAAACCUUGUGACCUCUCUAGAGGCCAUAUUUCUCAAUGGAUCCUUAUGAAAAUUGGUCAGAAUGUUCACCUUGAUGAUAUGUAGGUCAAGUUCGAAACUGGGUCACGUGAGGUCAAAAACUAGGUCAGUAGGUCUAAAAAUAGAAAAACCUUGUGACCUCUCUAGAGGCCAUAUUUUUCAAUGGAUCUUCAGGACAAUUAGUCAGAGUGUUUACCUUGAUGAUAUCUAGAUCAAGUUUGAAACUGGGUCACGUGGGGUUAAAAACUAGGUCAGUAGAUCUAAAAAUAGAAAAACCUUGUGACCUCUCUAGAGGCCAUAUUUUUCAUGAGAUCUUCAUGAAUAUUGGUCAGAAUGUUCACCUUGAUGAUAUCUAGGUCAGGUUCGAAACUGGGUCACGUGGGGUCAAAAACUAGGUCAGUAGGUCUAAAAAUAGAAAAACCUUGUGACUUCUCUAGAGGCCAUAUUUCUCAAUGGAUCUUCAUGAAAACUGGUGAGAAUGUUCAGCUUGAUGAUAUCUAGGUCAGGUUCAUAACUGGGUCACGUGCGGUCAAAAACUAGGUCAGUAGGUCGAAAAAUAGAAAAACCUUGUGACCUCUCUAGAGGCCAUAUUUUUCACAAGAUCUUCAUGAAAAUUGGUGAGAAUGUUCACCUUGAUGAUAUCUAGGUCAAGUUUAAAGGUUGGUCACGUGCCUUCAAAAACUAGGUCAUUAGGUCAAAUAGUAGAAAAAGCUUGUGAACUCUCUAGAGGCCAUAUUUUUCAAUGGAUCUUCAUGAAAAUUGGUCAGAAUUUUUUAUCUUGAUGAUAUCUAGGUCACAUGUGCUCAAAAACUAGGUCACUAUGUUAAAUAAUAGAAAUAACGACGUCAUACUCAGUUCAACACUUGGUCAUGUGGGGAUAGGUGAGCGAUUCAGGACCAUGAUGGUCCUCUUGUUUUGAACAAUGGAAUAUUCAUCUGGAGGGGUGCUCCUUUUUUGAACGAUGGAAUAUUCAUCCGAAGGGGUGCUCCUUUUUUAUGCCCGCGAAGGGAGGCAUAUAGUUUUUGAACCGUCUGUCGGUCUGUCAGCAAUUUUCGUGUCCGGUCCAUAUCUUUGUCAUUCAUGGAUGGAUUUUCAAAUAACUUGGCAUGAAUGUGUACCACAGUAAGAUGACGUGUCACGCGCAAGACCCAGGUCCGUAGCUCAAAGGUCAAGGUCACAGACGUUAAAGGGCAUAUUUCAUGAUAGUGCAAUGAUGGGCAUGUCCGGUCAAUAUUUUUGUCAUUCAUGCAUGGAUUUUAAAAUAACUACGCAUAAAUGUGUGGCACAGUAAGACGACGUGUCGCGCGCAAGACCUAGGUCCGUAGGUCAAAGGUCCUAAACUCUAACAUCGGCCAUAACUAUUCAUUCAAAGUGCCAUUGGGGGCAUGUGUCAUCCUAUGGAGACAGCUCUUGUUGAACAGUGAAAUAUUCAUCUGGAGGGGUGCUCCUUUUUUGAACAAUGGAAUAUUCAUCUGGAGGGGUGCUCCUUUUUUGAACAAUGGAGUAUUCAUCCGGAGGGGUGCUCCUUUUUUUGAACAAUGGAAUAUUCAUCCGGAGGGGUACUCCUUUUUUUGAACAAUGGAAUAUUCAUCCGGAGUGGUACUCCUUUUUUUGAACAAUGGAGUAUUCAUCCGAAGGGGUGCUCCUUUUUUGAACAAUGGAAUAUUCAUCCGGAGGGGUGCUCCUUUUUUGAACAAUGAAAUAUUCAUCCGAAGGGGUGCUCCUUUUUUGAACAGUGAAAUAUUCAUCCGGAGGGGUGCUCCUUUUUUGAACAAUGGAGUAUUCAUCCAGAUGGGUGCUCCUUUAAUAGAACAGUAAAAUGCUCACAUGGAGGAGGGCUCCUUUAAAAGAAUCUGAAGAGGUUCUCCUUUAAAAGAACAAUAAACAUAAGUAAGGAGUCAUAUUCAUAAGAAGUGAAAAUUGCUGAAAAUUACGGUUUUUGCAAUAUUUAGUGCAUGAUAAUAAUUAUAAAGGUAUGAAAUAUAUUUAGCUCACCUGUCACAAAGUGACAAGGUGAGCUUUUGUGAUCGCGCGGUGUCCGUCGUCCGUGCGUCCGUAAACUUUUGCUUGUGACCACUCUAGAGGUCACAUUUUUCAUGGGAUCUUUAUGAAAGUUGGUCAGAAUGUUCAUCUUGAUAAUAUCUAGGUCAAGUUCGAAACUGGGUCACGUGCCAUCAAAAACUAGGUCAGUAGGUCUAAAAAUAGAAAAACCUUGUGACCUCUCUAGAGGCCAUAUAUUUCACAAGAUCUUCAUGAAAAUUGGUCAGAAUGUUCACCUUGAUGAUAUCUAGGUCAAGUUCGAAACUGGGUUACGUGCCAUCAAAAACUAGGUCAGUAGGUCUAAAAAUAGAAAAACCUUGUGACCUCUCUAGAGGCCAUAUUUUUCAUGGGAUCUGUAUGAAAGUUGGUCUGAAUGUUCAUCUUGAUGAUAUCUGGAUCAGUUUCGAAAGUGGGUCACAUGCCAUCAAAAACUAGGUCAGUAGGUCAAAUAAUAGAAAAACCUUGUGACCUCUCUAAAGGCCAUAUUUUUCAUGGGAUCUGUAUGAAAGUUGUUCUGAAUGUUCAUCUUGAUGAUAUCUAGGUCAAGUUUGAAACAGGGUCUUCUGCGGUCAAAAAGUAGGUCAGUAGGUCUAAAAAUAGAAAAACCUUGUGACCUCUCUAGAGGCCAUACUUGUGAAUGGAUCUCCAUAAAAAUUGGUCAGAAUGUUCACCAUGUUGAUAUCUAGGACAAGUUUGAAACUGGGCCACGUGCCUUAAAAAACUAGGUCAGUAGAUCAGAUAAUAAAAAAAACCUUGUGACCUCUCUAGAGGCCAUACUUUUCAUGGGAUCUUUAUAAAGGUUGGUCUGAAUGUUCAUCUUGAUGAUAUCUAGGUCAAGUUUGAAACUGGGUCAAUUGCGGUCAAAAACUAGGUCAGUAGGUCUUAAAUUAUUAAAAUCUUUUGACCUCUCUAAAGGCCAUAUUUUUCAAUGGAUCUUCAUGAAAAUUGAUCUGAAUGUUCACCUUGAUGAUAUCUAGGUCAGUUUCGAAACUGGGUCACGUGCGGUCAAAAACUAGGCCAGUAGGUAUAAAAAUAGAAAAACCUUGUGACCUCUCUAGAGGCCAUAUUUUUCAUGAGAUCUUGAUGAAAAUUAGUGAGAAUGUUCACCUUGAUGAUAUCUAGGUAAAAUUAAAAACAGGGUCAUGUACCUUCCAAAACUAGGUCAAUAGGUCAAAUAAUAGAAAAACCUUGUGACCUCUCGAGAGACCAUAUUUUUCAAUGGAUCUUCUUGAAAAUUGGUCAGAAUUUUUAUCUUGAUAAUAUCUAGGUCAAGUUCAAAACUGGGUCACAUGAGCUCAAAAACUAGGUCACUAUGUCAAAUAAUAGAAAAAACGACGUCAUACUCAAAACUUGGUCAUGUGGGAAGAGGUGAGCGAUUCAGGACCAUCAUGGUCCUCUUGUUUAAAAAUUACAACAUAUAAACUUUGUAAAUAUAUAGAGGAUAUUUGUUUGUUUUGAGUUAAUAUGGAAUAUAUCUCACUGAGAAGUGAGAAAAUGUGAAAAUUUUCUCACUUCGAUGAAUAUUCUCGAAAAACAAACAAAUUUUCUUUUUAUUUUAUGCUCAGUUACGUUGAGAUUUGCAUUUUGCAACUGAUUUAAUCUCAGUGCGGGAAACAGACGCGUGUAAACAGACAUGACGUCAGACGUGCUGUGACGUUAUAAAGACGCAUGCAACAUAAAGUUCCAUUUUGUUUUAUUUUUUGCUGCAUAACGGUAUGAAAUUCUCUUUAAGUAAAAUAAUUUGAAUCGAGAAAUAUACUUUAAAGAACAAAGUGCGACUACAAUUUUCAUCCUGUUUUAAGCAAAUAAUUUAAAAUUCAUACACAAUGUAAUGAGGGGGCGGAGCUAUAUCUCUCACAGUGUGAAAAUAUAGAUUUCAUAUUUUCAGUGUGUGUGAUGAGAUAUGGAAAUAUUUAACUGAUAGAAUACAGUAUUUCAUUAGUUAGCAUAAAAUAAAUAUUUUUACAAUAUAUCCAGUAUACUGGUAUUUGAAAUUAUUGCUACUGUAUAUUAUGAAAAAUAGUUAUUUUUAUUAAUUGUCUGUUGUAUUAAUAACUUAUAUUUUUACACAAACUCUCCUGUAUUUUCUUACAAAAUGGUCUCUACUCUAAAGAUAUGGUUAUACUUUUGAAAAUUAAAAAAAAAACAUGAUCUCAUAAUUAAAGUUAUCCACUGGCUAUUUUUCACUUAAAUAUUUUAUAUUUAGAUAUUUACAUAUUUACAUCAGAAAAUCCUCACCAAAUACAUUUAACUUUACUAAAUGUACAAAUUAAAUGUGCAUGUAGAGCUAAAUUUAUAAUUUAAAGUCAUGCAGUAACAGUCGAUUGUUAAAAAAACUUCCAGUUUUUCAGUGGUAGUACACAUUUAUACUGUGCUCAAUUAUACAUGUACGAGGGUUGAUCCAAAAGUAAUGACACUGCGUCUAUGGUGCGCUUAUUCAUCUGAGUAUAACAAUAAAAUUACAUCAAAAUGUACACAAAUUCAAUUCUGAUAAUAUGGCAAAAUAUUUAUUUCCGGCGUUUUUUUCGUUUAGAAUGCACAUGAAUUCAAGAAAUACCACUGACGCUAUGUCGCCGCACGCUAAAAUAUUAUUGGUUCAUUAAUAAAACUGUCAAAUGCAGCCACUGAUCUUUAUCAAAAUAACGCGCUGAAUCAUAUGAAAUUUUUACAACGUGACAUCACGUAUCUCCGCCGUUUGCUGUUGAAAUUUUAUUGACGUCAUGGCUCGUUGAAAAUAUCUAUGCAGUGUUAACGCUUGUUUAUGCUGAGAUCAAGUAUGUCGAUUUCUGACAAAACACCACAGCGCGCUGUUCUGCGUUUUUGUUUUAAGUUAGGAAAAUCACUGUUAGAGGCCAUGCAGACGAUAUAUAACAUAUAUGGACCAAAACAGUGAACAAGAGACUAGUAUACAGGUGGUAUGAGCGUUUCAGGGACGGUGUCGCCAGAGAACCUUAAGACCUGUGAUUUUGGCACCGUUUGAUUUUGCGCUUUUCCUCAUCUGAAAGAUAAACUCCAAGGGGUCCAUUUUCAGGACUUUGAUAAUUUGAAAAUAUAUGUAAAAAUGUAUUUGCAUCUCUUUCAAAGGACUGUUAUGUUGCUGCUUUCUGUAAAUGAGUGAACAGACAUGAGCGCUGUAUAGAAACUCUAGGACAAUACUUUGAAAAGGAAUGAAUAUUGAUAGCAGUCGGUACGAAACGUCGUCUCGGACGUCAGUAACGCCAGUGACGUGCAGCGAUCGCUGCAAGUUUGCCUUCCCUAUAUGUCGAUAUCGUUAAAACUAUGCAACAUAUCUUAUUGAUAUUUUUUAGACAAUAUUGCAAAUAGAUAAAGGUACUUCCAUAUGCAUUUUUGUUUAUUUCCUUUCAUUAUACACGCUUUUACAGCUACAGUGACAUUACUUUUGGAUCAACCCUCUUACAUGUGUACAGUGUGUACUAUUUUUAACCAGAGAACUAUAAAAUUUAUUUUUAUAGCUCUUUGUUUUAACCUAAUGCACACAUAAACUUGUUUAAUUUUAUGUUUACAAAAACUAUAUGUAGUAUUUGUUAAUGUUUUCAAAAUACAAAAUUUGAGUAUACCUUUAAGUUUAAAAUAGCGCCUGUCUUAAAUGAAUUGUGUAUACUCAAAGGUACCUGGCUAGGCAUGUUUGCAUUGGGAAUUAAAACAAGUGGUCUUCAGAGGCAGGUGGUUGUUACUUUAACUUUAUACCAUUUAUAUUAAUUUUAUCAAUGUUAAUGGGAAACUAAGAAGUUGUUUUGUAGUAGCUUAAAUAUCUGUUGAAGGACUGUUGAACAUUUUUGUAUGUCUCUGUUUUCAGAGAAGUGCAUUUAUUUUUGUUUUCAGUAUGCUUCUGAAACCUGAUCAGGUCUAAUACAUGGUUUAAAUUUUAAUUUUAAUGUGGUGUAAUGGUUGAAAGGGAGGAGUUUACAGUAAAAUAAAAUGCAACACUUGUUUUCAAAACCGAAAAGUUCUGUUUUAUAUGAAUAUUAAGAUUGCCUUAUUAUAGUUCUUUCUGUAAUUCACAUGUAGCUUAUUUGUUUAUUAUGAUGGUUGUAAUAUAUCAUGUCAUAUCCUGUAAUUUAUUACUAUUCUUUUAUGCAUUGUCUUUUUAUACACAUUAUAUACAUAAUGUCUUUCAUGUAUAUACUUCAUAAGUACCAUUUUAUUUUUAAUCCAACAUGCAGUAUAACAUAUACAAUAAUGCCCUACUCCUGCUUCUUCCCUGUUCCAAGAAGAGGGUGUAUGUUUUUGCUCAUGAUGGUCCAUAUUGUAGUUUGGUAGUUCUGUCUUCAGGUAAUUUGGUUUCCGAUUGAUGACUAGAGGAGGCCUGAGUCUUUGGCGGUUAAACCUCAUAGGAUUAAGCAUUAAUGAGCUGUGCCAUGAGAAAACCAACAUAGUGGCUUUGCAACCAGCAUGGAUCCAGACCAGCCUGCGCAUCCGCGCAGUCUUGUCAAGAUCCAUGCUGUUCGCUUUCAAAGCCUAUUGCAAUUAGAGAAACCGUUAGCGAACAGCAUGGAUCCUGACCAGACUGAUCUGGAUCCAUGCUGGUCGCAAAGCCACUAUGUUGGUUUUCCCAUGGCACGGCUCUUUUGGUUUGAAGAUGACUUCUAUAAUUUUUGAGGUUAAGGUCACUUGCACAAUUUUAGGCUGCUUUUUUUUUUUUGGAUAAAUUUGCACAACAUGUUUUAUUUAAAUGAAGCUCACAUUUACUGUGGUCGGUAAAGCUGCAUGCCUAUAGAUUCAUGUCAGACAGUCAUAAUUCAUAAAAGGUUUUCUAAAGUUAUCUAGAAAGAAUUUUUUUUAAAUGAUCCAAUGUGUUUUAAGAACUUUUUAUCUGUAGUAACACUCUGAGUCAAUAUUUUAAAAAAAGACACAAAACUUAUUGCCACUUUUGUAAAUUGAUUUAUUUUGAUGUACUUUGUAUUAUACACUUGAAAUGUCUUAUUUUAACAAAUAUGAACUAUCAGUUUCAAUACUGAGUAUGAAUUGUUAUCUAGCUGUUUUAACCCUUACCCUGCUAAAUUUCUAUAAUGAACUUGUCCACCUUUCAGUUUGGACAGUACCAUUAACUGUUCAAAGGGUGCUUACCAAAAAGAUACUGACUGAAUGGCGAACAGUGCAGAUCUUGACCAGACUGCAUGGAUGUGCAGGCUUAUCAUGAUCUAGACUGAUUGCAAAGGCAGAAUCAAUUGUGUUCAGCAUGAUAAGGUUUAAAACGUUUUUAAUUUUAAUGUUGUUUAGGUAGCACUUUCUUUUAAUGUAGUUUUUUAAAUUGUUUUUAAAAAACUUUCAUCCGAAAUCCGCCCAAACUUUGUUUAUGUGCAUUGAGAAAAAUUCUUUAUUUGUAUUUGCAAAUUUUUGUUUUCUUUUUUGAACAAAUUCUGCAUAAUAAAGAACUCAGAUUGAAUAUGUAUUAUAAAUGUAUAUGAGCCGUGCCAUGGGAAAACCAACAUAGUGGGUUUGCGACCAGCAUGGAUCCAGACCAGCCUGCACAUCCGCGCAGUCUGGUCAGGAUCCAUGCUGUUCGCUUUCAAAGCCUAUUUCAAUUAGAGAACCUGUUAGCGAACAGCAUGGAUCCUGACCAGACUGCGCAGAUGCACAGGCUGGUCUGGAUCCAUGCUGGUCGCAGACCCACUAUGUUGGUUUUCUCAUGGCGCGGCUCAAUUAUUAUUUACCUCUGUUUUAUGUUGUGAUCUUAUUAACACAAAUUUUCUGCCUGCUGUUAACAUCAUUUCAAAUGCAAUAUUUAUGAACAAAUCCUCAAAAUAUAUUCAAGGUUGUUUUAUUAUAUACUGUCAGAAUAGUGGCAGGCUAGCUUGUAGAUUUGCCUUUCUUCACCUGUCCAUAAUGCAUGCCCCUUAAAUCUUCAGUCAUGGCAGAACUUGUUCAAAACUUAUAACUGGUCACCCAUGAUGUAUGGUGACUGUAAAGAAUGGGGCAUUUGAAAGGGAUUAUAGUUUGUUUGAGUUAUCAUGGUUAUAGCCUUCUGUUAUUCUCAAUCCUGAACAUUUAUUGAGAUCCCAUCUUAUGGGACUCCUGUAUCUAGUGUAUUAUACAAGUACUCAAGAUUCUGGUAUUUAAAUGUGAAGAUCAAUUACUCUUGAUUGAAUAUUUCAAAUAUUAUCUCCCUUUUUUGUGCUAAAUUUUAGUUUUUCUCCUUUCUAGUAUUAUAAUAAUAUUUCAGUUUCUGGCAAUUUACUUUGAAAAAAAAAAAACACCAUAUAUAAUGUGACUAAGAAAUUUGUUUAUUUGUUUAAAAUACCAGAAUCUAAUACUUUGUCUUACUUGAAUUUUAGUGACUUUCAAGAAGGCACACAAAUGUCUCAGUCUUUGCAGAGGAAAGACUAGCAUCAAUUAUGAAUAACAAGAAAAUAUUUAUGUACUUUGGAAUCAUCAAUAUUUAUGUGGGACUAAUUUUCGUGGUUGCCUCAGUCCAUGGAAUUAAAUCUCAACGAAGAAACAAAAUUCCACUCAUUUCAUCUUAAAAACAGUUGAAAUCCAUGAAUUAAAAUCCCCACAAAAUAACUGUUUCUGACAAAACCACGAAAUUUCAUGCCCACGAAAUUAAAUGAUUUUACAGUAUUUCAUUACUUCUAUAUUUUUAAUUUAAAAAAUGUCUGCUGCCAGUUAAAAUAAAAUCAUUAUUAUAAUAGA